AUGUCACGCCACAACGCACCACAGCCACCGAGGGAUCUUACCAAGCAGCACUCAUGGCCGCAUGAUGUGAACCGCAACGAGGCUUGGCUCCGGAAGAAAAAGAAACGAUCAGUGGAUCUCAUUCCUCGAAGCAAGAGCGUCACGAACGACGAUGUCGAGGAGCUUAGAGGUUGCAUCGAGCUUGGGUUUGGGUUUGAGCCAGAUUCUCCUGACUUGAAUCAAAGGCUCACCGAUACAAUCCCGGCUCUAGAUUUGUACUGUGCUGUUCAUAGACAAUAUUGUAACCAUUUGUCCCGAACUUCGUCGUUCGCAUCGGAAACUGACAGCAUUAGCUCUAGCACCACAACGGUUCUCGACAAAGGUGACGAUCGGAAGACAGUGAAGCAGAAGCUGAAGCAAUGGGCUCGGGUGGUCGCUUUUUCAGUGCGGCAAGCCAGGAAACCCAGUUGAUGUUCUUUGAACUUCUUCUGAUUAUGCACAAAACAAAUGGGAUUGGUAACAUGAUUGCCAAUAUGAAUAAAAACGUAUCUCUAAGUCUAAGCUAUCAAACUGUUAAAUAUGUUUUGACGCCAAUUGCGCCUUUUUUUUCUUCUUAAUAACCAAACACUUAGUUGUUUUGCGAAGCCAAUAGUUGCUUAUGCUGUUUUUAUCUUUGUUUUUCUUCAAACCAAUUAAAGGAUUCUCACUGAAUGUGGUUCAAAACCAUCGAAUGUGAUUCUAAAC